CUGGAUUGGACAGCUUUCAUAACUUCCUUAUUAGCAUUUACAGGAUCGAGGCUUCUUAGCCCUGCAACUGUCGACAAUGGUCCCAUUGGUCCCAGGAAGCCGUCCUUGGGACAGUGUGCUUGUGUUGGGCGACGACGGGCUCUUUCGUUAUGGGUGCGUGGUAGAUGUGGCGGACCAUGGUCUUUUCAUCGACUUCCUCUGUCCCACUCGCCAACGAGAAUUCACGCCGUUUGACCGGGUCUUGCUCAGUGAUAACCGAUAUCUCGACCGGCACGAAUUGGUCCAGACAGGUAUCCAGUUUGAAAUGCCCACAGAAGUCCUAAUGCGCGACAGUGCGUCUGGCACACGUACCUGGUUCCCUGCGGAACUGCUCAUUCGGAACCGCAACCUCAGGCACACCGACUACAACGUGGCUGUCGUCGACUACGGAUACCCAGAGGAAUUGGCAGAUGUUGUUUCCAUGAGUCGUAUCCGCUGGAAAGCACCGACUCAUUGGCGAAGACCAGCUGUAAGAGAUCAGAAGGUUUUCCCAGAAGGCCCAGAACAAAUUGAGACAUGGACCUUCUUUAAGCAGAGCAAAAAGUUACCGGAUGGGUGUCCAGCUGAAUUGGUAACAGCAGCGUUAAAACAAUAUGGAAGGGAACUGCUUUACCACUCCCGUUGGUACUCUGUCAAAAUUGUCGACGUAGACAAUGUGGACGGCUCCGUGAUGUACAUGCAGCGGCGGUCCAAGCCUAAAGAGGAAUGCGAUGAUAUUCUUAUGGCAAAAGAACGGGAAGCACUCGACGAAUUCCACGCCAAGCUAAUUAGCUUCGUUUCACGGGCAGCAGAACCGCUACUCAAGAUUUCAGUACUGGAAGAAUUCGAUAGGUUGCCGGUGGAAUUGUGGACGGAAGUUAUCUCUUAUCUGGACACUUUCACGCAGACCAAACUCCGUUCGGUGUGCGCCACAUGGAACCUCAUCCUGAAUUCAGCUUCCUGCACAGCUGUUAUUGUUCUCGACAGUGCAGCAUUCGGCAAAGCCGAGCUGUGCGGUAUAUCGACUCCAACGUAUUUUAUGAUCUCAACCCUCUUUAAGCAUGUCUCCACAUCUACGCAGUACACUGCCGUGAUUAUCAGUCAGGAGUGGCGGAGUGUGUUGGAAAAUUGGGAAAUGGAUAUCGUGGAAGUGUUCGACAUGCUUAAAUUCAUUGCACAGCGGAAACCUGGCAUUAAGCUGAAGGCCAUCUAUUUGUUCGGAAUGCGGCUGUGUCUGGUAAGCGGCUCUUACGGCGACCAUCAACCAUCCGAAUGCCAGCUGCAUCAGUCGCUUUCGGCUUACACGAGCAACGCUCUCACAGACUCGAUUGUAGCGUGCCGCAGUUUUCUUGAUGCCAUCCAUUUAAUAAAAUGCACUGUCGCAAUACAGUGCAUGUAUGAGACGCAGUAUUAUCCAAGACUGUGGAAGCUGACUGCCCAGGUUUACAUUAAGCGGCAGCGCUUUACCGGGGAUAUCGGCGGCGCCCUGUGGAGUGCCGUAGAAAAUGGAUUGUCCAUUCCCAGUAGCACAGAACUGCGUCGCCUGUCCGAAUUUAUGGCAUCAUCUCAAGCAUAUGCCGAUUUAACGAGUUAUGGGAGAGUAUUCGUGGCCAUAGUGUCCAGGACGUUGUGUGCGACACAGACGGUGAAUCCGCGUCCAUCGCUGCAUUACUGCGGCAAAAAGUGGUGUCUGGACGGCCUGCAGGGUUUGGAACUGGAGAAGCUGUCGCCGGUUACACUGUAUUUUCUCGUCCAACUGAUGGAGUCCCUGCCUCACUAAAACAGCUGUUACUGGUCUCACUCAUGCCAUGCAGCAUAGGAAUUAUAAAGAACUGCUUCAGUUCGUUUACAUAAUGGUCUAACUGAUCCUUCUGUUCUUUGCCUCUUUCCGUUGGCGCUGUUAACUUUCCGAUUUGAUUCAUUGGCUUAGU